CUUCUGCCAUUACUUGGUUGCGUUUCAGCUGGUGGCCCGUUCUUUGUAUCCUUUCUCAAUGUCGCGAGAAAGUCAGUCUGCGCUGUUAUUGAAAAACCAGCUUGCUGAGCUUAGGCGGCGACCCAUGGAGGGAUUCUCUGCAGGCCUCAUAGAUGACGAUGAUAUUUACAAGUGGGAAGUACUGGUCAUAGGACCUCAGGAUACUUGCUUUGAGGGGGGAGUAUUUAAAGCGCAUCUGAUAUUUCCCAAAGAGUAUCCUCAUCGACCUCCAAAAAUGGUGUUUAUAUCAGAUAUCUGGCACCCAAACAUUGACAAAGACGGCAAUGUGUGUAUAUCAAUCCUACACGAGCCCGGGGAUGACAAGUUUGGUUACGAGAAGGCCUCUGAGCGCUGGCUACCAGUACAUACUGUAGAGACAAUACUUGUUAGUGUGAUAUCAAUGUUAGCUGACCCCAAUGAUGAGUCACCAGCCAAUGUAGAUGCAGCAAAAAUGUGGCGAGAACAUCCAGAAGAAUUCAAGAGACGAGUUACUCAGUGUGUGCGAAAAAGUCAGGAGUGUUGAUCUUCGUGUUCAGGAAUUAUUAACCUAUAUGCAAAAGAGUGUCAUCAACCAGUGCUGGAAGUCUGGGUAUUUUUAUAUGAAAUGGACAUGGGUGAUGAUGAUGAUGAUGGUGGACAGCCUUCAGCUCACCCGUCAAUCCUUGUCAUCGUGUCACACAGACUUAACAAACAGUGUGCGAGUCCAUCCUCACCUGUGUAUAAAUGUUAUAUAAACAAGGAUCAUCCACAACAAAGUGUACCUCAUCUGCGAAAGUGAAUGUAAAGCUGAAACUGAAAGUAAAACCAAACUCCAGUAGUACGUCUGAGUCUUCGUCACGUUCUUGCAACUUUUGUGUGUAUAUUCUUGGGAUGGAUGAUCAGGUUCAGGAACAGCAAAUGCAUCUGCUAUGGUAGAGAAAAUGAAAGUGAAACCAUCUACAGUAGGACGUCAGAGUGGUGGUGACGUGAUGCUCUCGCACCUUGUGGGUAUAUUCAUGGGACGAAUGAUCGGGUAUGGAUUCAGUAACAGCAAACACAUCCUCAUCGGGAGAAUCACUCAUCAUUUUACGAUUGCUGUCGUCGAACCUGAUUGACUGUCCAGUGUAAAAACGUCUCCUCCUGUAUGUUUAUGUAAAUAGGUUCGUCAGUAUUUACAUAUAUAUCUCUGUGUGUGUGUCUUGCAUUUACUGUAUCUUACUGUAUCCCCAGGAAUGCAAAAAACUGCCGUAGGCAUGGGAAAGUGUUUAUCCUAAGCAUUGAGAAAUUUAAAAGCCAAUUCCCUUUAAGCUUCUGACAGAAAUAGUGCUCUGUAAAAUUUGUCACCUUGGUACAAUGAUGAGUCACCAGCUAAUGCUGGUACAGGUACAUUGCUUCAAAAUAGACUGCUUGUUUUAUGGGAAAAUGUCAACAUUCUCUUCAAUAUCAGAAUCGCCUCUGAGCUCUUGUCAUAAAUACAUACAUACAUACAUAGAGACUGAUGCCUCUGAGCUCUUGUCAUAAAUACAAACAUACAUACAUACAUACACA